AUGAAAGGCUGCUCUAUGUGUUCAAAACGGCGUAUCCGCUGUGAUAAUAGCCGGCCAACUUGCACAAAAUGCCUUCAAAAGGGCCUCGACUGCCCCGGAUAUGAGCCUAAACUCCGGUGGGUCGGAGGCCCAGCUGUCCGGGGUCGCUUGAAGGGAUUUCAGCCUCAAGGCUCAUCCGCAGACAUACAGCCAAGCAUCGAUACAUCUUUUCACUCGUUCCUCGGAUACCCGUUACAAGAACUGGUUGAUUACUACGACAAGCAACUAUGCAAGAUCAUGGUGUGGGUGGACUCGGCCGACAACAUCUAUCGAAGAUACGUUCUCCCUCUGGCGCAGACGAAUCUGACAGUCCGCCUCUCUGUGGCUGCUGUCUCUGCUCAACAUGCCGCAGCUUCUCGCGGAGCCUGUCUCAUGUCUGAGGAUGCCCGAAAUCAAGCUAUUUCCAUGAUAUCGAGGCACAUCACCGAUGUGACGAAUCAUCUCGCUAACGGGCAUGAGAUUGACAAGCAGCUGAGUUUAGAUGACGCAGAAUGGAUGUUAGCCUGCAUGCUUGUCCUCUCGUGUUACGAGAUGGCACACUCUGGCGCAUUAGCAGCCGAGAUUCAUCGCUCGGCGGCGAGAUCACUCGUUAACACGCUUCCAACAGCUCAGUGCCGAAAAUCGAUGUUGUUCAUGUCGUUGAGGAACAUGCUUUCUACAUACGAGGUGUUUGCAUCUACAACUUGCUUUGACUUGGAAAGCGUCCAGGAUGCCAUCCUCCCGAUAUCUGAGGCGGGCACGGUUCUUCUAGACGAAAGCAUUCUUUUUGCCGAGUAUCUUGGGCUGCUGCACCAAGCUACUGUACUAGCACGCCAACCUCACAGAAUCCAGGCUCCAGGCCGUGACUGGAGGACUGAUUUUGAGAUGGCCCGGGGAACAACCUUGAUGAUUGGAGGCAGGCUUUCCAUCACGGCCCAACAGCGCCGAGAUCUGAUCCGUCUUGUGGAUAUCCAUCACAACGCUGCCCUCCUCUAUGUUUCUAGAUGUCUCGGCUAUGGGACUACAUACGAAACCAUGUCGGCCUUCUCAGACCUGAAGAGGCAACUUCUGGCGUUUGAAGAUAUCGCCGACUGGACCCAUAAUCUCGCCUGGCCAGUAUUUAUCGCCGGUGUGGAAUGCCACGGAGACGAGCAAGAUCAAAAGAUCGUAUCUGACCUGUACGAGACCAUCGUGCAGGUGACGAGACUCAAGUCAUACCGCGAGACUUAUCACUUGCCCCCUAUUAUAGCUAUGACCGUCCCAACACCCCCAAUUGUCCGCUUCGACGCAACUGAUCCGUCAACCACCAUCGACAAGCUCGUCGAGGUGAUCAAGCGUGAUGGAGGCGUCAUCGUCGAAAAGUUGAUUACCCCCGAGCUUGCGGCUCAGAUCAGCAAGGAUCUCAAGCCUGCCUUUGAUACCGACAUCAAGGACAAAUAUGGCUUCUUCCCCGAGACAACUCAACGAGCAACAGGCCUGCUUGGCUUGUCUGAGGCCUGUGUUGAACUCGCUUGCAGCAAAAUCUACAAUGAAGUUGCUCAGGCUGUGUUGCCGUCCACUUACUCUUUCUGGAGGGGUGACCACAAGAAGACGGUCAGCGGCAAGCCUAUCAUUUCUUCCACUGCUGGGUUCCGUGUCAACCCUGGUGGAACCCAGCAGGUUCUCCAUCGAGACGACAACGAUUAUUACCGUCACAACACGGAUGAACCUCUGAUGAUUGGCUGCGUCACAGCCUUGACCAAGACAACAAAGGAAAACGGCGCCACGAUCUGCAUCCCCGGAUCGCACCUCUGGGGCCCUGAUCGGAGGCCAUUGGACGAAGAGGCGGUUCCUGCUGAGCUGGAGAUUGGAGAUGCCCUUAUCUUCUUGGGCAACCUGUAUCACGCCGGUGGCGCCAACACAACCAAGAACGAGUACCGGGAAACCGUUGGCAUAUUUCUCUGCAAGCCAUAUCUCCGCCCGGCAGAGAACCAGUUCCUCAUGGUUCCAUUGGAGAAAGUCAGGAAGAUGAAGCCACAGGCACAGCGCUUGCUGGGAUACGGCCUCUUGGAGCCGGGAGUUGGCUUUAUGAACUAUCAGGAUCCCAUGAGAGUAUUGUUUGGCGUUGAGGAUGAAGAGACGGUCAACAUGUGA